AUGCGGGCGCCAUCUUGGACCGGUCACCGCUCUACUGAAGCUAUUGAAGAACCCUUGGAAAGUCCAUCUCACAAAAGGUAAGUGAAGGACUUGGGGCACCUAUAGUCCUUAAUACCCCUACCCCUUAAUACCCCUAGUCCUCAUCCUUACUACCCCUACCCCUUACAGAGUCCAGACAGCAGCUUAGGUAAGUGAGGAAUGGGGGGGAAAGGCAGCAGGGAGGCACACAUGGGGACACAGACACUAGGGGACACUGGGAGACCUGGGGACACUGAGAUACUUGUGGACACUGGAAAACAUGGGGACACUGAGAAACUAGGAGACACUGUGAGACAUGGGGACGCUGAGCCACAUGGGGACGCUGUGAAACAUAGGGACAUUGGGAGACACUGAGAUAUUGGGACAUGGAGACACUAGGAACACAGUGUCCCAAUGUCCCCAUGUCCCCCAGCCAGUGUCCCUAAUGGCUCAGUGUCCACAUGGCUCCCAGUGUCUGUGUCCCCAUGUCUCUUACUGUCCCUAGUGACUCAGAGUCCCCAUGUCUCCAAGUGUCCCCAUGUCUCCCAGCCAGUGUCCCCAUGUCUCCCAGUGUCCCCAAGUCUCCCAGUGUGUGUCCGAAUGUCUCUCAGUGUCCCCAUGUCUAUGUACACAAGUGUCCCUAGUGUCUCAGUGUCCCCAUGUCUCCCAGUGUCCCCUAGUCUCCCAUGUCUCUCAAUGUCCCUAGUGUCUUAGUGUGCUCAAAUGCUUCAGUGUCCCGAUGUCUCUGUGUCCCUAGUGUCCCCAUUUCUCCCAGUGUCCCCAAAUGCCUGUGUCCCUAUGUCUCCCAGUGUCCCCAUGUCUAUAUUUACAAGUGCCCCCAUGUCUCCAAAUGUCCCCAAGUGUCUCAGUGCCCUCAUGUCUCCCAGUGUCCCCAUGUUUCACUGUGUCCCCUAGUAUCCUAGUGACAUGGGGAAACACUGAGACAUGGGGACACUGUGCGACAUGGGGACACUGACACUGUGAUACAUAGGGACACUGAGACACUGGGUGACUUGCGAGACUGAGACACUGGGAGCAAUUCAUCUAUACAGCAGAAUCAAACUGUGAGUAGUUUGUUGGUGAUUUUACAGAAUUUUCUCUGAUAUCACUCCUUGUGAUUUACAUCAUGUUAUGUCAUGCAUAACUAAUUAAUUAUACAAAUUAUUAAGGCUGAUAUUUUUUUUUCCAAGAAAGGUGGCAACCCUAACUACUCUUCACAUACUAUUGCUUAAAGGAACGCUAUAAGGUCAGGAACACAAUCAUGUAUUUCUGACCCUAUUAUGUAAAAACCACCAUCUAGCCCCCCUGAUCCCCUAUUGCCUCCCUAAAUAUAGUAAAAUCUUACUUGUAUUCAAGUCUGCAGAUACUGGCUCUGCCUCUGAACUGACAUAAUCAGAAGUGGUGAUCUGAGCAAAUUAUAAUGCUUCCCCAUAAGAUUGGUUGAGACUGUCAACUAGGCAGAUCAGGGGCAGAGCCAGCAUGAUUCAAACACAGUCCUGGCCAAUCAGCAUCUCCUCAUAAAGAUAAAUUGAAUCAAUGCAUCUCUAUGAGGAAAGUUCAGUGUCUGCAUACAUACGCAAAUACGCUCCGCCCACAGGUGCCGGAACUCGGCUAUAAUAUAGAAAAAAAGAGCCAAACCACCAUGAACAAAGAGAGAGGAAUGAGAGUUUGAAUUCCAAAAUCGGAAAGUGUAGAGUGUAUAAAAUACAUAUUAUAAAAAUACAUAUUAUGAACAAGUAUCUAUUAAAAAGGUAAUAAAGGAUAAUAGCAAAUAAUGCAUAUAGAAUAGAAUUUCAAAAUAGGGAAAUAUACUAUCCCUUAUAUAAAAAACAUUCAGGACUAAUGCCUUGGACUUGGACUUGUCACCAGUGGGGUACCUCAGGGAUCUGUACUUGGACCCAUUCUCUUUAAUAUUUUUAUUAGUGAUAUUGCAGAAGGUCUUGAUGGUAAGGUAUGUCUUUUUGCUGAUGAUACUAAGAUAUGUAACAGGGUUGAUGUUCCAGGAGGGAUAAGCCAAAUGGCAAAUGAUUUAGGUAAACUAGAAAAAUGGUCAGAAUUGUGGCAACUGACAUUUAAUGUGGAUAAGUGCAAGAUAAUGCAUCUUGGGCGUAAAAACCCAAGGGCAGAGUACAGAAUAUUUGAUAGAGUCCUAACCUCAACAUAUGAGGAAAGGGAUUUAGGGGUGAUUAUUUCUGAUGACUUAAAGGUAGGCAGACAAUGUAAUAGAGCAGCAGGAAAUGCUAGCAGAAUGCUUGGUUGUAUAGGGAGAGGUAUUAGCAGUAGAAAGAGGGAAGUGCUCAUGCCAUUGUACAGAACACUGGUGAGACCUCACUUGGAGUAUUGUACACAGUACUGGAGACCGUAUCUUCAGAAGGAUAUUGAUACCUUAGAGAGGGUUCAGAGAAGGGCUACUAAACUGGUUCAUGGAUUGCGGGAUAAAACUUACCAGGAAAGGUUAAAGGAUCUUAACUAGUGAUGUCGCGAACCCGAAAUUUUCAGUUUGCAAACGGCGAACGCAAACUUCCGCAAAUGUUCGCAAACCGGCGAACCGGGCGAACCGCAUAGACUUCAAUGGGCGGGCGAAUUUUAAAACACACAGGGACUCUUUCUGGCCACAAUAGUGAUUGAAAAGUUGUUUCAAGGGGACUAACACCUGGACUGUGGCAUGCCGGAGGGGGAUCCAUGGCAAAACUCCCAUGGAAAAUUACACAGUUGAUACAGAGUCUGGUUUUAAUCCAUAAAGGGCAGAAAUCACCUAACAUUCCUAAAUCACAAUCAAUAUGGAUUGACACCCGACAUAUGACAUAUUGACACCUUGACAUAUGGAUUGACACCUGUCCUCAGAGCCCCUGAUGCACACGGACACAGAGCAGAAUAGAGACUGGUCCCCCUACAUAGGGUCACUUGGCAGAUAUGGACUGACACCUGUCCUAAGGAUCCCUGAUACACACUGACACAGAGCAGAAUAGGGACUGUUCCUCCUACAUAGGGUCACUUGGCAGAUAUGGAUUGACACCUGUCCCCAGAGCCCCUGAUACACACUGACACAGAUCAGAAUAGGGAAUGUUACCCCAACAUAGGGUCACUUGGCAGAUAUGGAUUGACACCUGUCCUCAGAGACCAUGAUACACACUGACACAGAGCAGAAUAGAGACUGUUCCUCCAACAUAGGGUCACUUGGCAGAUUUGGAUUGACACCUGUCCUCAGAGACCAUGAUACACACUGACACAGAGCAGAAUAGAGACUGAUCUCGUACAUAGGGUCACUUGGCAGAUAUGGAUUGACACCUGUCCUCAGAGACCAUGAUACACACUGACACAGAGCAGAACAGAGACUGUUCCUCCUACAUAGGGUCACUUGACAGAUAUGGAUUGACACCUGUCUUCAGAGAUCAUGAUACACACUGACACAGAGCAGAAUAGAGACUGUUCCUCUACAUAGGGUCACUUGGCAGAUAUGGAAUGACACCUGUCCUCCAGAGACCAUGAUACACACUGACACAGAGCAGAAUAGGGACUGUUCCCCUACAUGGGGUCACUUGGCAGAUAUGGAUUGACACCUGUCCUCAGAGCCCCUGAUACACGCAGCCUGAGAGCAGAAUGAGGAACUGUUUCCCCUACAUGGGGUCACUUGGCAGAUAUGGAUUGACACCUGUCCUCAGAGAUCAUGAUACCACACCAGCCCACCCGAAACAGAAUAGAGACUGUUCCCCAUGGGGUCACUUGGCAGUGUGGAUUGACACCUGUCUUCGAGAUCAUGAUACACACUGACACAGAGCAGAAUAGAGACUGUUCCCCCUACCUUGGGGUCACUUGGCAGAUAUGGAUUGACCUUCUGUCCUCAGAGACCAUGAUACACACACUGACACAGAGCAGGGGAAUAGAAACUGUUACCCCUACAUAGGGUCACUUGGCAGAUAUGGAUUGACACCUGUCCUAGGGAUCCCUGAUACACACUGACACAGAGCAGAAUAGGGACUGUUCCUCCUACAUGGGGUCACAUGGCAGAUAUGGAUUGACACCUGUCCUCAGAGCCCCUGAUACACACUGACACAGAGCAGAAUAGAGGCUGUUCCUCCUACAUAGGGUCACUUGGCAGAUAUGGAUUGACACCUGUCCUCAGAGAUCAUGAUACACACUGACACAGAGCAGAAUAGAGACUGUUCUCCUACAUGGGGUCACUUGGCAGAUAUGGAUUGACACCUGUCCUCAGAGCCCCUGAUACACACUGACACAGAGCAGAAUAGAGACUGUUCCUCCUACAUAGGGUCACUUGGCAGAUAUGGAUUGACACCUGUCCUCAGAGACCAUGACACACACUGACAGAGAGCAGAAUAGAGACUGUUCCCCCUACAUAGGGUCACUUGGCAGAUAUGGAUUGACACCUGUCCUAAGGAUCCCUGAUACACACUGACACAGAGCAGAAUAAGGAAUAUUCACUAAAUGCCAAACAUUGUUAUACAGGGGAAUAUUCAGUAAAUACUGAAUACCCUAUGUCAAACUGAAUACCCUACUGUCCUCCCCCCUGCCCCCACCCGUGAGCGGUGGGUUGGGGGCCAUAAAAAUAAUGAGGGGGGGGGGACCUACUGUAUGAUGUUGUAUCGAUCAGGUAGUGUAAUGGUUAUGCCCGCUUCACAGUGACAGACCAAACUCCCCGUUUAACGCACCGCAAACAACCGCAAACAGUCCAUUUGCACAACCGCAAACUCCCCAUUUGCACAAGGUUGGAUACCAAACUAGCCAUGUCCCGUUCCUUGUCCUCACUGAUGUCAUUGAAGGUCUCUUCCUCCACCCAGCCACGUACAAUACCAAGGGUCCCCGAAAGGUGACAACAAGCCCCUUGGGACGCCUGCUGUGUUUGGUCUUCCACCUCCUCAAAGCCACCUUCCUCUUCUGACUCCUCUUCUUCAGACUCCUCUCUCUGCGUUGCCUCUCUCUGCGUUAUUAUAAGGUGUGUUAAGUAGUAUUAUUCUUAUCAGUUUAAUCCCUGUUAUGUGCCUUUUUUUUGGUUUGGUUUUUGAAACCACAGUUCAGCACCAGAGGCCCGAAAAAUUAGGCAUGUACACAUGCCUGAAAAAUUAGGUAUUGUUGCAGCCGCUGCUGUAGCAGCGGCCAGAAGAAUUGAUGUUUGUUUCCCAGGCAGAAAGUGCCCUAAAACAGUGUUACCCUACCCCCGGGCCGUGGACCGGUACGUGGAUCAAACGUUUACCGGUCCGCGGCGAUAAAAAGGUUGGGGAGCACUGCCUUAAAAUAUUGCGGCUUGAACCCUAGUUGGUGGCGGAUGAGUCACGCAAGUCAACCGCCAUUCAGAGCUAAAAUACAGCAGCGUGUGGACCAUUUUUAGCCCAAGACAGCUCAUCUCAUCAGGCCUUUUUUAGUCGGAUGUAUCGCCCACUGUCAGUCCCGUCGGGAUCCAUCCCUCAUUCAUCUUAAUAAAGGUGAGGUAAUCUAGACUUUUUUGACCUAGGCGACAUCUCUUCUCAGUGACAAUACCUCCUGCUGCACUGAAGGUCCUUUCUGACAGGACACUUGAAGCGGGGCAGGCCAGAAGUUCUAUUGCCUAUUGGGAUAGCUCAGGCCACAGGUCAAGCCUGCACACCCAAUAGUCAAGGGGUUCAUCGCUCCUCAGAGUGUCGAUAUCUGCAGUUAAGGCGAGGUAGUCUGCUACCUGUCGGUCGAGUCGUUCUCUGAGGGUGGAUCCCGAAGGGCUGUGGCGAUUCGUAGGACUUAAAAAGCUCUGCAUGUCCUCCAUCAACAACACAUCUGUAAAGCGUCCUGUCCUUGCCGGCGUGGUCGUGGGAGGAGGAGGAUUACUUUCACCUCUUCCCCUGUUAGAUUCCUGUUGUGCUGUGACAUCACCCUUAUACGCUGUGUAAAGCAUACUUUUUAAUUUAUUUUGCAAAUGCUGCAUCCUUUCCGACUUGUUGUAAUUUGGUAAUAUUUCAGCCACUUUCUGCUUAUACCGGGGUCUAGUAGCGUGGACACCCAGUACAGGUCGUUCUCCUUCAGCCUUUUUAUACGAGGGUCCCUCAACAGGCACGACAGCAUGAAAGACCCCAUUUGCACAAGGUUGGAUGCCGAGCUACUCAUUUCCCGUUCCUCCUCCUCAGUGAUCUCAAUGAAGGUAUGUUCUUCCCCUCAGCCACGUACAACACCACGGGUACCAGAUAGGUGACAACGAGCACCCUGGGAUGCCUGUUGUGGUUGGUCUUCCUCCUCCUCCUCAAAGCCACAUUCCUCCUCUGACUCCUCUUCCUCACAAUUCUCUUCCAGCAUUGCCGCAGGUCCAGCAAGCGAUGCUGAUAAGGCUGGUUCUGGUGGUGAUGGUGACCACAACUCUUCCUCUUCACGCCCAUCUACGGCCUGAUCCAGCACUCUUCGCAGGGCACGCUCCAGAAAGAAAACAAAUGGUAUGAUGUCGCUGAUGAGCUGGUGGGAUACCGGAUCUGUUUGUCACCUCAAAGGAGGCUACGCGCUAAUGCCCGUAGGCCUUACGCGUCCUUUUGAGGAUAAAACCUAGCCAGUCCCACCGGCGUGCGGUGGCCUGCCUCUGCCUGUCAUUUUUGAUUAUGGUGCCUAUGCGUGCAAGCUACUGUGACACCAGAUAUGAGUGGCACUCGUGAGCUGGCAGAGGUUGGCAGAAAGUACACGCUGUAGGGCUGACACACCUGCUUUGAGACAACUAACUGCUAUUCAAUCUAUAACAGUGAAAAAGUUUUUGGGUUUUAAAUGCAAGCUAUUGUGACACCAGUGAGUGAGUGGUGGCACUGGGCACAGUAUCCACUGUGAGCCUGACACACCCGCUUUGAGACAACUAACUGCUAUUCAAUCUAUAACAGUGAAAAAAGAUUUUUGGUUUUAAAUGCAAGCUAUUGUGACACCAGUGAGUGAGUGGUGGCACUGGGCACAGUAUCCACUGUGAGCCUGACACACCCGCUUUGAGACAACUAACUGCUAUUCAAUCUAUAAGAGUGAAAAAAGUUUUUUGUUUUUAAAUGCAAGCUAUUGUGACACCAGUGAGUGAGUGGUGGCACUGGGCACAGUAUCCACUGUGAGCCUGACACACCCGCUUUGAGACAACUAACUGCUAUUCAAUCUAUAACAGUGAAAAAAGUUUUUUGGUUUUUAAAUGCACGCUAUUGUGACACCAGUGAGUGGUGGCACUGGGCACAGUAUCCACUGUGAGCCUGACACAGACGCUAGCAGACAACUAACUGCUAUUCAAUCUAUAACAGUGAAAAAAGUUUUUGGGUUUUAAAUGCAAGCUAUUGUGACACCAGUUAGUGAGUGGUGGCACUGGGCACAGUAUCCACUGUGAGCCUGACACACCAGCUUUGAGACAACUAACUGCUAUUCAAUCUAUAACAGUGAAAAAAGUUUUUGGGUUUUAAAUGCAAGCUAUUGUGACACCAGUGAGUGAGUGGUGGCACUGGGCACAGUAUCCACUGUGAGCCUGGCACACCCGCUUUGAGACAACUAACUGCUAUUCAAUCUAUAACAGUGAAAAAAGUUUUUUGUUUUUAAAUGCAAGCUUUUGUGACACCAGUGAGUGAGUGGUGGCACUGGGCACAGUAUCCACUGUGAGCCUGACACAGACGCUGGCAGACAACUAACUGCUAUUCAAUCUAUAACAGUAAAAAAAGUUUUUUGGUUUUAAAUGCAUGCUAUUGUGACACCAGUGAGUGAGUGGUGGCACUGGGCACAGUAUCCACUGUGAGCCUGACACAGACGCUGGCAGACAACUAACUGCUAUUCAAUCUAGAACAGUGAAAAAAGUUUUUUGGUUUUUAAAUGCACGCUAUUGUGACACCAGUGAGUGAGUGGUAACACUGGGCACAGUAUCCACUGUGAGCCUCACACAGACGCUGGCAGACAACUAACUGCUAUUCAAUCUAUAACAGUGAAAAAAGUUUUUUGGUUUUAAAUGCACGCUAUUGUGACACCAGAUAUGAGUGGCAAAGUACACUGGCAGAGGUCUGCAGAGCACACGCUGAAGGCCUGACACCCACUUUAAGGACACUGACUGCUAUUAUCUUACACUGAAAAACUUUUUUCUUUGUAAAAGCAUGCUAUAGAGACACCAGAUAUGAGUUGCAAAGUACACGGGCAGAGGUCUGCAGAGCACGCGCUGAAGAAGGCCUGACACCCGCUUUAAGGACACUGACUGCUAUUAGCUUACACUGAAAAACUUUUUUUCUUUGUAAAAGCACGCUAUAGAGACACCAGAUAUGAGUGGCAAAGUACAUGGGCAGAGGUCUGCAGAGCACACGCUGAAGGAGGCCUGACACCCGCUUUAAGGACAAUGACUGCUAUUAGCUUACACUGAAAAACUUUUUUUCUUUGUAAAAGCACGCUAUAGAGACACCAGAUAUGAGUGGCAAAGUACACGGGCAGAGGUCUGUAGAGCACACGCUGAAGGAGGCCUGACACCCAGAAGCUUGCAGACAACUAACUGCUAUUCAAUCUAUUACAGUGAAAAAAUGUUUUUCUUUUUAAAUGUCAAGCUUAAGCUAUUGUGACACCAGUGAGUGAGUGGUGGCACUGGGCAAGUGGGCACAGUAUAUGCUGUGAGCCUGACACACAGGCUGGCAGGCAGGCAGGCAACUGCAAUUACAUUACACAGAAAAAAAAGCAGACUGAUGUUCUAGCCCUAAAAAGGGCUUUUGGGGUGCUGUCCUUACAGCAGAGAUCAGAUGAGUCCUUCAGGACUGUAGUGGACACUGAAUACACUAGCCUAGCUAUCAAUUUCCUAUCAAAUCAGCAGCAGCUACACUGUCCCUCCUCUCACUAAGAAUGCAGCUUCACAAUGAAUGUAAAAUGGAUGCUGUCCAGGAGGUGGGAGGGAGGGUCUGCUGCUGAUUGGCUGGAAUGUGUCUGUUGACUGUGAGGUACAGGGUCAAAGUUUACCUCAAUGAUGACCUAAUAGGGGGGCAGAUCAAACCGCCGCAUGUGUUCACACCCAUCGAAGGCGACCAACACGCUUAUAGCCCGCCGAACUAUUCUCAUUGGCUAACAGUUCGGUACAUCACUACUAAUCUUAACAUGUAUAGCUUGGGGGAAAGACGAGACGGGGGGAUGUGAUAGAAACAUUUAAAUACAUAAAGGGAAUCAACACAGUAAAGAAGGAGACUAUAUUUAAAAGAAGAAAAACUACCACAACAAGAGGACAUAGUCUUAAAUUAGAGGGACAAAGGUUUAAAAAUAAUAUUAGGAAGUAUUACUUUACUGAGGGUAGUGGAUGCAUGGAAUAGCCUUCCAGCUGAAGUGGUAGAGGUUAACACAGUAAAGGAGUUUAAGCAUGCGUGGGAUAGGCAUAAGGCUAUCCUAACUAUAAGAUAAGGCCAGGGACUAAUGAAAGUAUUUAGAAAAUUGGGCAGACUAGAUGGGCCGAAUGGUUCUUAUCUGCCGUCACAUUCUAUGUUUCUUGCCUGAAUUCAAUUUUAACUUUAUUUACAAAUAACAAAUGUUUUUUCUCUUCCAUAUUUCUGCAGUAUGUCCAAUCCUGAACCUGUGGAUAAACCUGCAGAAAAAGGAAAAUGUCUGUCCAAGACAAUACAUUUAAUUUGCUCUGCCUGUUCGCACCCUUUACCUGAUGGGUACAAGAGAAAGCACUGUAACACAUGCGCUAAGGAAGCAGCAGAGGAAUCUAAGAAAUCUGAGGUUUCAUCCUUCCUCUCGUGGUCGCAGAGUAACCUUCUUCAGGCUUUUUUGGAUACCAGAGUAUCUGCUUUGCAUUAUGCUCAGUCUAUGCCACUGGUUGAUUUGCCCCAUAAGUCAGAGGCUAGCUUUUCCAUUUUCCAAUAA